AUGUCUUACAACGAUAACGACCGCUCUUACGGCUCUGGAGGUAACGACUCCUACGGCUCUUCUAACAACGAUUCGUACGGUUCCUCCAACCGCAGCGGUAACGACUCAUACGGAUCGUCGAACAACAACGAUUCGUAUGGCUCCUCUGGCCGCAGCGGUAACACCUCCGGCUCUUCCGGCCGCGACAACGAUAACGACAACUCUUACGGCUCGUCCAACCGCAGCGGCAAUGACUCCUAUGGAUCGUCGAACAACAACGAUUCGUAUGGCUCCUCUGGCCGCAGUGGUAACACCUCCGGCUCUUCCGGCCGUGACAACGACAAGUCCUACGGCUCCUCCGGCAACGACUCAUACGGAUCGUCGAACAACAACGAUUCGUAUGGCUCCUCUGGCCGCAGUGGUAACACCUCCGGCUCUUCCGGCCGUGACAACGAUAACGACAACUCUUACGGUUCCUCUGGCCGCAACACCUCCUCCUAUGGAUCCUCAGACAACACUGAUUCCUACGGCUCCUCCAACCGUAGCGGCAACGACUCCUACGGUUCAUCCAACAAGGACUCUUACGGUUCAUCCAACAAGGACUCUUACGGCUCGUCUAACAACGACUCGUAUGGAUCGUCUAACCGCAGCGACAACUAUGGCUCGUCUGGCAACGACUCCUACGGAUCAUCCGGUCGUGGCGGUAACGACUCGUACGGCUCUAGCAACAACGAUUCUUACGGUUCCGGCGGUGACGGCACCCUUGGAAAGGGCAUGGAGAAGGCUGGUGACCUGUUGAACAGCAGCUCCUUGCAGCAGCGUGGCCAGGAGCGACAUGAGCGCUUGGAUGACUACUAA